UGCCACGUCAGCAGUGACAUCAGCAGUGCCACGUUAGCAACAGUGCCACGACAGCAGUGCCACGUCAGCAGUAACAGUGCCACGUCACAGUGCCACGUCAGCAAUGCCCCGCCACCAUGACGGGCGCAGCUCUGGGCAUGCCAGGCCAACUGGCCAACGAGUCUAUUGCCGACUACAAACAGCGGUUCCAGACUCAACUCGCACUAAUCGAGGCUGAGGAACAACGCCAGCUGGCAGCCGAGGCUGCCCGCCUACAGGCUGAAGCAGCGGCAACAGCUGAGAAGCAGCGGCUACAGGCCGAAGCAGACGCAGAGACCCAGGCACGCCGCAAGGAGGCCCAGGAUCUUCUGCAGCGGCAUGAAGCCGCCAACAUCGAAAGACUCAAGUUCUGGCACUUUCAACUGUCCAACGGCGACGACGCGACACCGGAGGAGCAGCACAAGGAGUUCCUCUCCAAACUCGUGACACGGUUGUUAUACGCUUGCAACUAUCAACAGUCCGAGUUAGAGAGACAGAACCAGGAACUGCAGCAACAGUACCAGGAUCUGAAGAAACAGCACCAGGAGUUGGCGAACCUCCGCCGGACAGUGCAGAGCCAUGAGGAUGCUACACGGGCACUCAAUUCCCGUGUACUGGACCUGGAGCAAGCUGUACCAGGACCAGAUGCUGGUGUGUCCAGCAGUGCACCCUCUAACCGCCAACUGGAGGAACGCGUCGACCACGCCGUCGCAAUGCUCGGCGACAUCAGGACCUUCGCUGAGCCGACCACCAUCAGCAAUCAGUUGGAUACCUUGAAGACCGAAAUCUGGUUACGCCACCUGGCCACCCACGGCGUCGACGUCUCAGAUCUGAAAGACAAGAUCACAUGGGAAGAGUUAACACGACUAUGGAAGAAGCGGUUCAUCGUGGACGACGCACCUGCACUCGCCAUCAACCGUCUCUUCGCCAUGACGCAAGGCAACACAGCAACACGUGACUGGCUCACGGAAUGGCAAAAGAUCGCAGCAACACCCGAUCUCGACUUACCAUUUCCGCAUCUGCGCCACGAAUUCUAUAACAGGUCAUGUGCUACAUUGAGCCUCGCACUUGGUGAUCGCGAGCAAUAUGCAACCUUCGCUGAAAUCAUUGACAAGGCGAGGGAGAUCAUCAAGACCAACAGGGCGGCGGCACACGAGAAGUCAACGUGGCAGCCAACCUAUGUGGAGAAGGUGAGAACUGGUCCGCGACAGCAGCAGUUCGCUGCAGUCCAAUCGGACAACACUGUGGAAGACCCGGCAGCCACCCAAGUGUCACGUGAGGGAGAUCAGGUGGCUGCUGUCCAGCCGCGAAGCAACAACAAUCCCCGAGUGAACGGGAAGGCGAAACCGGCAUCGCAGGCCGGAAACGGACAGCCAGUACCAUGGGUCAAGUUCAACUUGACCGAGGCCGAGUACAAGUACCGCGGCCGUUACGGCUGCUGUUACUGGUGCAACAGCACCAAGCACAAGACCUCCCUUUGCCAGGAUCAGGCCAAGGAGGAUGUGCGGCCUCUACCAACUCCGUUGAUGGACGCCGGAGUAGAGGUUGUCGACCUUCACGCCUACAUUGCGAAGAUCGACCGCGAGUUCAAGACGCAACGAUACGACGAUAUCGAUGCACCAUUGCUAUAUGUACGCAUUCAGAUCAGAGAGGCGACCUGCAACGCUUUGAUCGAUUGCGGAGCAUCUCGCAACUACAUGAGUCAGGACUUCAUGGUACGAGCUGGCCUUGGCCCACGAGUCCGAAGGAAGUCCCAUCCCACGCAAGUCACGUUGGCGGACGGUCACACGCACAAGUCAAUCGACCGGUGCAUUGAUGACGUCCCGGUGUACUUUGCCCCUCACGCAAGUGAGGCGGUGUCCUUUGACAUUCUGGACACCAAAUUCGACAUGAUCUUGGGCAUGUCAUGGCUACGAAGUGAGGAUCAGCCGGUGAACUUCUACCGCCGCACCGUUCACGUUCGUGAUCGGAAUGGAGUACUAGUCCCAUGCACGGUAGCUCCUCCUCACCCUUCAGUCAGCUGUCACGUGGUAUCCGCCGCAAGCAUGCGAGCUUCCAUCAUCAGAGACGACAUCGAGGAGAUGGGGGUGUGUUUUCUCCACGCCCUCCCACCCCAUGACGCUUCACCGACGGACUCAUCUUCGGAUCCACGCAUCACCGAGCUUCUCGACGCCUACGACAACGUGUUCGAAGGCGCGCACGGAGUAGUACCGGAUCGGCCCAUCCGCCACGAGAUCAUCCUCGAGGACGGGGCCGUACCUCCGCGCGGUUGCAUCUACCGAAUGAGCGAGGAAGAGUUAAGUGUGCUACGGGCACAACUCGACGAUCUUCUAGAGAAAGGCUGGAUACGGCCUAGCUCAUCGCCAUACGGUGCUCUUGUUCUCUUCGUCCGGAAAAAGAACAAGGAUUUGCGGUUGUGCAUCGAUUAUCGCAAGCUCAACGCGCAGGCGAUCAGAAACGCUGGCCCUCUCCCACGCAUCGACGACCUUCUCGAACGACUGGGCGGCACCAAGUUCUUCUCCAAGCUGGACCUCAAGUCGGGAUAUCACCAACUCGAGAUUCGGAAGGAGGACCGCUACAAGACCGUGUUUAAGACGCGAUAUGGGCAUUUCGAAUGGCUGGUCAUGCCAUUUGGCCUUACGAAUGCCCCGGCCACUUUCCAAGCGGCUAUGACAACGGAGUUCCGACACAUGCUGGAUCGCUUCGUACUUAUCUACCUCGACGACAUCCUGGUGUACAGCCGGAGUUUGGACGAGCAUGUGGAACUCCUGCGCACCGUUUUGGAGCGGCUACGACAAGCCAAGUACAAAGCCAACCGCAACAAGUGCGAAUUUGCGCGGCAGGAGCUGGAGUACUCGGGACAUUAUGUGAUGCCGCAAGGCAUCCGUCCGCUUGCGGACAAGAUCGAGGCCCUACGAGUAUGGCCCGAGCCCACCAACACCACGGACGUUCGUUCAUUCAUGGGAUUGGCGGGCUACUAUCAGCAAUUCAUCACCGGAUACUCGAGGAUUGCUGCACCUAUGACGAGAUUACAAUCGCCAAAGGUGCCAUUCGUAUUCGAUGACGACGCACGCCGGUCAUUCCAAGCACUUAAGACGGCUAUGCUCACGGCACCCGUCCUUAGCAUCUAUGACCCCACCCUGCCUACGAGAGUGACGACUGACGCUUCCGGCUAUGGCAUUGGGGCAGUCUUGGAACAACACGACGGCGACGACUGACACCCUGUGGAGUAUUUCAGCCACAAAGU